AUGAUUUCAAAGAAGGCCAAACACGGCGACAAAACUCCGCCAAAGUCGAAGACGGAUCCAGGAGAGCGCAGAACGACAUUCAACCUGGCUUCGUCACCAAUACCAAAACAGUCCGACGGAUCAACCACAUCAAGGGUCACGCUCAACUUUGCGAUUGUCAAGAACCAGAAUGACCCUCAUACACGACUGCGCUUGAGUCAAAGAAGCAAGCAAUCGGCUUCAGAGACAAGCGAUGCUGGUUUACCUGUCAAGCGUGCGUCAGAUAUGUCCACUUUAACCUCCUCUGGCGGUCACGGAUUUGCCUUUCCGUCAUCGCAACCAUUCUCCUUGUCGCAGGCUAGCCCACUCGAUUCUGCAAGCAGCAAUGGCACAGAGCAGAUUCCACAAGCCAUCGCUAAUACGUCAUCACGCCCAACUAUAAUAUUCUCGACGCUCCCGCCACCACCAAACGAUGCCGACUCGCUUGCACAGUUCCGCCUGCUAGAUCAACUUUACAAAGAUCCAUUCUACGGUAAUGAAAAAGAUGUUCCUCCUCGAGCCAGAGAGUACGCGGGCCGGGAAUUUCGGCUGAUUGGUAAUUCACUACCGUACCUACCUGCAUUCGACUUUGGUGACGAUGGCAAUGGAGCUUUCGACGUAACUUCAAUGCCCUCUGAUCUAACAGUGGAGAGACAAAGAAGGACCUGCAACUUGCGUACAUGGGAGAUAGGCACACCGCCUCCGACAUUUACCGAGGUGGCACGCUGGCUUGAUGAAAAGGAGAAGCUUGCAAAUCCAAGCUUUGUCCAGCGUCGCAGCAAAUACCUGUCUCAGAUUGACGGCCCAACGCCAAAGAACAAGCAUGGCUUCAAGUACACGCAACAGCGCAAGUCCACCAGCGUUCAGCACGAAGUGCAGUACAUGAGCACUAUGAGUCUUGAAGUUCAUGUUAACACGCGAGCAAAGCUCGUUCCGAAUCCUGAAGAAGACGAAGUCCAGUGCAUCUUUUGGUGCUGCAAGGGCGAUGAAGUCUCGUAUGCCUCGCAGACUGAUGGCGACGGUACCAUUUCCGGCCUUAUUGUACUAGGACCAGGUGGUGAUGUGGCAAAGCGCAUGCGCAAGGCUUGCAAAACUGACGUCAUCGAAGAGGAUUCCGAGUUGGAUCUCCUCGUGCGCCUCGUUGACGUGGUGAAGGAACUUGACCCGGAUAUCUUGACUGGAUAUGAGGUUCACGGCGGUUCUUGGGGCUUUUUGAUGGAGAGGGCAAGACUCAAAUAUGACUACAAUCUAUGCGAUGAGCUCUCGAGAGUCAAUGCCCAAUCGCAUGGUAGAUUUGGCAAACAAAGUGAUCGUUGGGGCUUCAACACCACGUCAACGAUUCGAGUGACGGGCCGUCAUAUGAUCAAUAUUUGGCGAGCUAUGCGCGGAGAGCUGAAUCUGCUGCAAUACACCAUGGAGAAUGUUGCCUGGCAUUUGCUUCACCGGCGUGUGCCUCGCUUCUCCUACAAGACCUUGACAGCGUGGUACAAGAGCGGCAAACCCAGCGAUCUAUCAAAACUGCUUCGCUAUUUCCAGAGCCGCACCAAGAUCGAUCUACAAAUUCUCGAGGCCAAUGAGCUCAUUCCCAGGACCAGCGAGCAAGCUCGACUCCUAGGCGUUGACUUCUUCUCUGUAUUCUCCCGCGGCUCGCAGUUCAAAGUAGAGUCCAUCAUGUUUCGAAUCGCCAAGCCGGAAAAUUUUCUGCUCAUUUCGCCAAGCAAGAAACAGGUUGGCAGCCAAAAUGCACUAGAAUGUCUGCCCCUCGUCAUGGAACCCCAAAGCGCAUUCUAUAGCAGUCCAGUGCUUGUGCUGGAUUUUCAAAGUCUGUACCCCAGUGUCAUGAUCGCCUAUAAUUACUGCUACUCGACCUUCCUGGGCCGCAUUGUCAACUGGUGCGGAACCAGCAAGAUGGGCUUUACAGAGUACAAGCGGCAAGCUGGGCUCAUGGCAUUGCUGAAAGAUUACAUCAACAUUGCGCCCAACGGCAUGAUGUUUGUCAAGGCAGAGAUUCGCACGUCGUUGCUAGCCAAGAUGUUAACCGAGAUCUUGGAGACGAGAGUCAUGGUUAAGAGUGGCAUGAAGGAAGACAAGGACGAUAAAAUGCUACAACAGCUCCUCAACAAUAGACAACUUGCUUUGAAGCUGCUCGCCAAUGUUACCUACGGGUACACUUCUGCCUCUUUCUCCGGCCGCAUGCCCUGCUCCGAAAUCGCAGAUAGCAUCGUGCAAACCGCCCGAGAGACGCUCGAGCGAUCGAUUGCCUACAUACACUCGGUCGAGAAAUGGGGCGCCGAGGUGGUGUAUGGCGACACGGACAGCCUUUUCAUCCACCUUAAGGGCCGCACCAAGGACCAGGCCUUUGACAUUGGCAACGAGAUUGCCGCAGAGAUCACCAAGAUGAACCCGCGACCCAUGAAGCUCAAGUUUGAGAAGGUCUACCUCCCGUGCGUGCUGCAGACCAAGAAGCGCUACGUGGGCUACAUGUACGAGACUCGGGACCAGGCGGCGCCCGUCUUCGACGCCAAGGGCAUCGAGACGGUCCGGCGCGAUGGCACCCCCGCCGAGCAGAAGAUAGAGGAGAAGGCGCUCCGGCUGCUCUUCGAGACGGCGGACCUGAGCCAGAUCAAGGCCUACUUCCAGGCGCAGUGCGCCAAGAUCAUGCGCGGCGCCGUCAGCGUGCAGGACUUUUGCUUCGCGCGCGAGGUGCGCCUCGGGAGCUACUCGGACAAGGGCCCGCCACCGGCCGGCGCGCUCAUCUCGGCGCGCCGGAUGCUCGAGGACGCGCGCGCCGAGCCGCAGUACGGCGAGCGCGUGCCGUACGUCGUCAUCACCGGCGCGCCCGGCACCCGCCUCAUCGACCGCUGCGUCGCCCCCGAGGACCUCCUCGCCAACCCGCACUGGCAGCUCGACGCCGAGUACUACAUUGGCAAGAACCUGGUGCCCCCGCUCGAGCGCAUCUUCAACCUCGUCGGCGCAAACGUCCGCCAGUGGUACGACGAGAUGCCCAAGGUCCAGCGGGCCAUCCCCCACCAAGCCGGCGGACCGUCCAACAGCAAGCGUGCCACGCUGGAGUCGUACAUGAAGUCGACGCACUGCCUCGUCUGCGGUGUCAAGUUCCUCCGCGAGGCUGCGGCGGCGGCCGCGGCGGCGGCCACGGCGGCGCUGUGUCCGAGGUGUCGCGCCGCGGCGCCGGAGUCGCUGCUCAAGCUGCAGACCAGGCUCGCGACGGAGGAGCGUCGCUACCAGGAGCUGCUGGAAGUUUGCCGCGGCUGCAUGGGCGUCGCGCCGCUGGACGACGUGCCGUGCGACAGCAAGGACUGCCCCGUCUUCUGGACGCGCGCGCGGCAGCGCGCCAAGGUCGUGGGCGAGCGCGCGAGCGCGCUGCCGGUGAUGGGCAGCUUGACGGAGGCGCUGCGGCUCAAGGACCUAGAGUGGUAG